AUAAUUUUUAAGAGAGUAAUAAAGAUAAUUACAUGUCAAAACCAUCCAAUUUGUAUUACAUAAAUAAAAUAACAUUGUUACUCAUUAACAUGAAAAGAUGGCUACCAGCAGACAGCAUGUCAAUUCUAGUGUUUCAAAUAGAAAUGAAAAUUCAAUGAAAAUGCCUGCGGACAAGCAAUUUCUAGAUACUUUCUGGAAAUUGGCAGUACCAUCAGAUAAUGAACGGAUAUCUGGAGCAACGACUUUGCUGCGAAUUUUGAUAGAGAAACAGAAUAAAAACAAAAAGGAUGAAUACUGUUCAGAGGUAUCAUAUAGUCUGAGAAGACUUGUGCGAGGUCUAGCUUCAUCAAGGAAAGGUGCCAGACAGGGUUAUGCAAUAGCCCUUACUGAAUUACUUUGUAAGGUGAAAGAGAUUGCUUUGGAAGAUGUAUUCAAACUUAUGAAGCAAGAACUUCAGGUGUCUGGAAAGAAGAGUGAAGAAAAAGAGUAUGCUUUUGGUCAAGUCUUUGCCUAUCUUGCUGUCAUCCAGAGUGGAAGACUCAACAAGCACAAUGGAGCGGAUUCUGUGUACGUCCUAGAGCAGCUACAUGCCUUGUCAAAACAGAAGUCAUAUCUGCAAUUGAUCUGUCUUCAAGGAGUCAUUGACCUUAUCAAGAGAUCAUCGGCCGAGCUAUUCUCUGAUCACAUAUGGCCUAUGCUGAAGUCCGAUUUGAAGCAAGGAUGGGAGGAUAUCUCACCCAAUAAUUUGGCCCUUCUCAUGGUCUGCAGACAAAAGUUUCCAGACGUUGUGAAAUCCAAGUUUCUUCAGAAUCACUAUGGCCAUGUUGAUCUGGUUCACCCAAGCAACUUCAACCAUAUCAUCCAGAUUCUUUCAAAAUCCACCAUGAUAAGUCAUCCUAUUGUCCAUCCAGUGUGUGAUAUGUUGCUAGCAUUGGUCUUCCAGGAUUCAUCAAAAGUGGCUCAAUUCUGGAAGGUUGUUGUAGAUGAUGGUCUGUGCACGUCCAAACACGAGACAAAGUACCUGGCAUUUUCCUUGCUGGAACGAGCAGUCCCCCUGUCUGAAGCUAAACAACUGAGGGCACUGUUUAGUGAGAAGCUCAUCCGUAGUAUGAUCAACAACUUGGCUAACAAGCAGGCUAUUCUCCAUUCAGCUGCUCUCAAAAUGAGUGAGAAUCUAGCAAAUGCUGUGAAGAACAUCAAAGAUCCACUUGUACAGUUCUCGGUUGCCAAAUGCCUGUUGUCAAGACCUGGGCAUGUGAAGUUUGAUGAUAUCACCAAGUCAAAGACAGUCUACUCCAUCAUCAGUAAUUUUAAUUGUGGAGCAGUGAAGCUAUAUCUGAAAUGGCUAAAGAGGUUAUUUCACAGCGGGACAGCAAGUAUAAGUCACAGAAUGCAAGAACCUAAUCUUGAUGAAGACAGAAAAUGGAUCUGUAUGCAGGUGUUGACUUUGAUCAAGAACCCUAAGAUUCCUAGGGAAGAAGACUGGCUGCUUGAUGCUACCAGGUUUCUCUUCCUACAUGCCUUCUUCACAGUAGAAACGGCACAACCAGACAUUCCAGAGUGUUCCAGCGUUCUUGAGACCCCUGUUAGCACUGAACUGCGUAAGGUGAUAAGCAGUCAUUUCUAUGGAGCUCUUGGUGUCCUCAGUACAAUCUCUCUCAGACCAGGUGCAGAAGAGAAGGAGAGCGAGAGUGAAGAACGCUCUUCUAGUCCCGAGUCAAGACAUAUGGGAACCACAUCAAGUGGAGAGCUGUGGGUGUCCCUGCUUGGUCAUUAUGCACAGGAACUUUUUACUAGUGAAAGUGUAACCUGCAAUGUGGAGUUUCCAGGCAAGGCACUGGCUGCAUGGUCCUCCAUGAUGGUCUCUGUUUCAGCCAUACAGACAAAGUCUGGGAAGACCAGUGCUAUGUCUUCUGGCCUGGCUUUCCAACUUCUUUUUUUACAUGUGGGACUGCAAAUGUUUUCAGAACCCAAGCAGAGUGCAGACAUACUCCAAGACCUUCAGUCAUGUUAUAAGAGGGCUCAACAAAGGAGAAGAUCAACAAAGAAGGAUAAAGAUGAACCUGAGUGGGUAGAGGUCAUUGUAGAGAUCCUUCUUAGUCUACUCUCCAAACCUUCUCAUCUCCUAAGAACGGUGGUUGAUCUAGCUUUCAAGAUGAUUUGCCCUCACAUGACACAGCCUGCCUUGCAGCAGCUACUUGAUGUCUUGGAUCCUGCUAAUAGCAACGUUCAAGUCAGCCAAGAUUCAGAUGAAGAGGAGGAGGAGGAAGGAGAAGAUGAAGAGGAGGAAGAAAAGGGAAGUAAGUUCACCAAGUUGAAGCCUACAAAGCCAUUAACCAAUGGUCAUAAAAAGCACAGAAAGGCAGAUUCAGAUGAUUCUGACGAAGACUCCGAUGAAGACGAUGAUGAUGAUGACGAUGAUGAAGAAGAGGAAGAUGAGCAUGCUGGAGAUCCUGCAAUGAAAGAUCAAAUCAAGGCAGCUUUAGGAAAUGCAGCAGUCCAAUCAGAUGCAGAGGACAGUGGAACCGACUUUGAACUGGAUGACGAUGCAAUGAUAGCCCAUGAUGCCGCCCUCAGUCAGGCAUUCAAAGCCAUGGCAUCUCGGUCGAGGAAGAGCAAGAAGGAAGCAUCCACCAUCAUGCUUCAUUUCAAACUAAGGGUCCUGGAUCUUCUGGAUAUCUUCAUCAAGAGGCAACAAAACAACCCUCUUAUCCUGGAUCUUGUGGUUCCCCUUCUGAAGGUGAUAGAAUCAUCUGCUGGACAUAAAGACAACCAAUUAUUGGCAGAGAAAGCUCUCAACAUCUAUCGCAAUAAACUAUGUAGGAUAAAGAAGUAUCCUCACAAUCUCUCUGACCACAAAGACGGUGUUCAUGAUACCAUUGAAGAGCUCAUAAAAAUUGCCAAGAAAGCUCACUCCAUGACCAUCGUGUCACUUGUUUCCUCUGGUUGUCUCUUUCUGAUGAGAGUUCUACGAGGAAAUGUUGCCAACACAGACCCCUCACCCUUGAAAACAAGAGGUCAGAGGGCAAAGGGAAGUGAGAAGAAGAAAGGCAAAAAGAAGAGUGGAAAGGAAGAAGAGGAAGUGGAAGAGGAGAAGGAAGAGGAACCUGCAAUGGGAUUGAUGGAUGUUGGAAGGAUAACAGGGCUGUACGCUGAUGCUCUAGAAGACUUCACAAUGCAUAGAGCAACGUGUUUGCAUCCAAAUCUAUUCACAGAUCUGAUAGUUAGAUUCCCAGCUCUGGCGUGGCAUUUGUCAGACACCCUUACCACUGCUGCUCAAAAUGGUGUACAGCUAUACAGGAGGACACAAGCGUGUAGAAUGCUUACCUUACUGCUCAGCAAGAGACCUUACUCAGGAUCACUUUCGUCUUGGCCAGAGGUCAGUAAGCACAUCCUGUCGGUUGCAACGUUGGUCAUACAAGACAUGCUGGGAGAAGGGUCUCAGUUCAAAGCCAAGAUGGCCAUUCAGUUUGUCCAUGCUGUACAGCAGUGUGCAUUGCUUGGACACCAUCUCAAUAAGGUUUCUGACUACGAUGAGAUAUCGACAGUUCUAGAGACAUUGAAAGAAAGAUCAGAGGUCAAGAGGUCGGGAGAAUUCAGAUCAGCUCUAGAUACAGCAAUAGCUGCUAUAGAAAAUAGAUCCAAAUUGAGCAAAAAGGGUAAGAAAAAGAGGAAGAAGUCGAGGAAAAGGAGGAGAAGUUUGUCUACAUCAUCCAUCUAAUAAUGUAAUAGCUUUGGUGUACAAAGCAUAUAUAUUAUUGAUAAAUUACUCAACAUAAACCACUCUUUUCUCCUAAUAUAAACAGGGUUUAAACUCAGAACCCCCCCCCCUCUUCUGCUACUAUGGUUUAAACUCAGUCCAUCCCUCUUCCCUUAUAAGAAUAGGAGUUGAUUCCAAACCCAAACUCCUCUAAUAUGAGCAGGAUUGAAGUUCAGACCCCCCCCCCCCCUUCUUCCCUAAUAAGAAUGUGGUUUACAUUCAGAACUUAAACUCUUCUUAUUAUGAACAAGGUUCAAAUGAAGAAACCAGCCACUACCCGAGUAUGAAGAAAUGUUGAAAACAGAACUAGUCAUUUUCCCUCAAUGUGAAUAGGGUUUAAAUAUAGUCAUGAUAAUGAUUAAUCCCUUCUCAAUUCAUUUCCAAUGUUAAUAAUAUUUUCAAUAAAAAGUAGUUAUUUCAUUAUUUACCUUAGCUAUUUAAGUAAUAAGACAGUUAGUAUAUUGGGUUCUACCUCAUUCACAGCCUUUUUUGUAAUUAUUAGUAUGUAUUUCAAAUAGCAAUCUUCAGGUAACUUCAUUGUUAUGCAAGAAGUGAAAAUGAAAGCACGAAAAGGCUAAGUUGUUCUUUUUCCCAGAUAAUCUAAUGCCACUAUGUUUAAAUCCCUUGGUGCACCAUCAAUUUUUGUGAAAUUCAUUGUAAUGUUCUUUAGGCUCAUAUUCAACAUAUCUAGAAAAAUAGAUUAAUAUAGUGUCUGGUUUCCUAAUCAUUAAAAAAACUUUUCCUGUACCUAUGUAUGCCAUGGAUAUGGACUUAUUGCGUCCAGCACCCGGUAACACAAAGAUUAGUGAUGAAUACCAAAUAUGAGAGAACAUUUUUGAGUGGUUCCUGGUCAGUGUUUUGUGCUAAAUGCGCAUGUAUUAUUGAACUUGAUUGGUCAAUUCAUUUAUCGAUCGAUCGCUAAUCUUUGUGUUACUGAGCCCUGGUGUGACAAAGAUUGUCUCAUUCAUUUAAAGCAUCAACUUAAAAAAUGUCCAUGGUUGUGUGCACAAACUCAUGA